UUCCAGGUGCGACAAUUUGGCCAUUCGAAAAAAUUUGCUUCAACGAUGAGAUUGUGCUUCCUUGUGCUAGGCUGCGUGAUAGCAGCUAGCGCCUGGCCUGUUGACCAACUUUCGGUACGAGACCAUGGCACUAAUGGAUGGUAUGUCCCUCAAAAGGAGGGCGGCCUCAAAUGGAUUGGCAAAGCGCAGGCGGAGCAUCAAUUGGCAUACUACGAGGCUGAGGAUGCGUUGGACGGUCGUCUGUCAACCAACACGGUUAAAUUUUAUCUGCACACACUGAGCAAUCCCAGCACUGCACAGCAGAUCAAGGCCACCAAGGCAUCUAUUGAUGGCUCCUUCUUUGAUGCAAGCAAUCCAACAAGAAUCACCAUCCACGGCUGGAACUCAAACUACAAGGAUGGUGUGAACACGAGGAUUGCCGAUGCCUGGUUCCAGUAUGGCGACUACAACAUGAUUGCCGUGGACUGGCAGCGUGGUCGUUCCUUGGAUUACGCUACCUCCGUGGCUGGAGCCUCGGGAGCUGGCAAGAAAAUCGCUGCCCUUGUUGAUUUCCUGGUGCAGGAGUACGGCAUGCGCCUGGACACUCUGGAAGUGGUUGGCUUCAGUCUGGGGGCCCAUGUCGCCGGACACACCGCCAAACAAGUGACCUCCGGCAAAGUGGGCAAGGUGGUGGGCCUGGACCCGGCAUCUCCUCUUAUCAGUUACUCCAAGACCGAAAAGCGUCUGUCCAGCGAUGAUGCCGUUUAUGUAGAGUCCAUCCAGACAAAUGGGGCCAUCUUGGGUUUCUCUCAGCCAAUUGGCAAAGCUGCCUUCUACAUGAACGGAGGUAGGUCGCAGCCCGGUUGUGGAAUCGACAUCACCGGCGGUUGCUCGCACACUCGAGCUGUUUUGUACUACGUGGAGGCGCUGCUGUGGAACAACUUCCCCGCGAAGAAGUGCGAAACCUACCAGGACGCCAAUAAGAACACCUGCGGCGAUAGUUACAGCUCCAUCUUGAUGGGUGCUGUAGUAAACGCGAUUGUGGCUGAGGGUAUUUUCUAUGUUCCCGUAAACAAGGAUUCCCCAUACGGAUAUGGAGAAAAGAAUACUGGUGGCGAAGUUACGACUGCUGCUCCAGUGGUGACUACCACUCCUGUUGAAGGUGUUUCGACUACUGCUGCUCCAGAAGAAUCGACAACCGAGGAACCUGAAGAAGUCUCUACAACAACCAAACAACCAGAAGAGUCAUCUACUACUGAAGAACCCGAGGAGUCUACAACCGAAGAACCCGAAGAAGUUUCUACAACAACCAAAAAACCAGAAGAGUCCGAGCCCGAGGAAGUAUCUACGACAACCGAAGCACCCGAAGAAGUCUCUACAACUACUGAAGAACCCGAGGAAGAUACUUCCGAAGCACCAGAAGAGACGACUACUGCUGCUCCAGAAGACGAAGAAUCAACAACCGAAGAACCUGAUGUAAACACCCCAAUUCCCACUGAGCUGCCUUCAACAACUCCAGUUCCGGAGCUUCCUACCACCACCACCUUGGCACCGGAAAAUCUACCAACGAAGCCACCCACAGAUGAUAAUGUUGUUCCUGCGGGCACCAAGAAAAUCUUCAUUUUCAACGUCUUUCUGGUAAAUGUUAAGGUUGAUAAUCAUUAGGCAAAUGUUUUAUUACAAAGCACGACCACUGGGUCUGAAAAAGCUUGAAAUAAAAUCAAAGCAAAAUCUGA